AGAUAGAAAGUAUAUAAAAUCAAUAAUAAACGUUAAUCUUAGUCAACUAAACAUGAAAUAAAAUUGAGCUGAUUAAUAUGUGUUUUUAAACGAAUGAUUAAACUUAUUUUGGUCAAUUAAUGCGGGACAAGGUUAUGAACUAUGAACCUGAUUGUAUGGAAGAUAUACGAUCUCUUCCCGAUUGGAAUCUUCCCGUUGCCUUCUCUGCACUUAGGCUGGAACCUAAGCUUGAAGGUAUGCCACCAAAUUCAGUUUCAUGGAGGAUGAAAGAAAGGAUGAAAACUGUGAGCGUAGCUCUCGUCCUGUGCCUUAAUGUUGGUGUUGAUCCUCCUGAUAUUCUCAAAACUCAACCCUGUGCUAAAUUAGAAUGCUGGAUUGAUCCAUUCUCCAUGCCACCUCAAAAAGCCUUGGAAGCAAUAGGAACAGAACUUCAGAAACAAUAUGAAAGAUGGCAACCUCGAGCCAGAUAUAAGCAAAGUUUGGACCCUACUGUUGAAGAUGUUAAGAAAUUCUGUACUUCAUUGAGAAGAGGGGCCAAGGAUGACAGAGUUUUACUUCAUUAUAAUGGACAUGGUGUCCCAAAACCAACGAUUAAUGGCGAAAUUUGGGUUUUCAAUAAAACUUACACUCAAUAUAUACCUCUUUCUCUUUAUGAUCUCCAACAAUGGAUGGGAUCUCCUUCUAUUUAUGUUUACGAUUGUUCCUGUGCCGGCCUUAUUGUCCAAUCUUUCAAUCAAUUUGCUAUUCAACAUGAAAGAGAGUAUCAGAUAGCCUUGAAUGCAGCUCGAAAUCAAGGAAACCUGGCCAAUGUUAAUCUAGCCCAUGCAUCCCCACCAAAUUAUAAGAAUUGCAUUCAAUUAGCAGCCUGUGCUGCUGAUCAGAUACUUCCCAUGAAUCCUGAUCUUCCCGCUGACCUCUUCACUUCGUGUCUUACUACACCUCUAAGAAUUGCUUUAAGGUGGUUCAUAAUGCAAAACUCAAGUAAAUUAAUACCUGCCAUCAAUCUUGACCUGCUUGACAGUAUUCCCGGUUCUUUAAGUGACCGUCGAACUAUGCUGGGAGAACUUAAUUGGAUAUUCACUGCCAUCACUGAUACUAUUGCUUGGAAUGUUCUACCUAGAGAAACUUUUCAACGACUUUUUCGGCAAGAUUUACUAGUAGCCAGUUUAUUUCGAAACUUUUUACUAGCCGAUCGUAUUAUGCGAUCUUAUAACUGUACUCCAGUCUCUAGUCCCAAACUUCCUUCAACUUAUCAUCAUCCAAUGUGGCAAGCCUGGGACCUUGCUGUUGACAACUGCUUACAUCAACUCCCAUUGAUUAAACAAGAUCCCACCGCUCAAUAUCGCCAUAGCUCAUUUUUUUCAGAUCAACUCACUGCAUUUCAAGUAUGGUUAACAUUUGGUGCUACAAUUGAUAGCAGUCAUAAUCCAGAUUUUAAUCAUCCAGAACAAUUGCCAAUUGUUUUACAAGUUCUUUUAAGCCAGGUUCAUCGUCUUAAAGCUCUCGAGCUUCUUGGUAGAUUUCUUGAUUUAGGUCCUUGGGCUGUUAAUAUGGCCUUAUCAGUCGGUAUAUUUCCUUAUGUGUUAAAACUUCUCCAAAGCUCAGCUAGAGAGCUGAGGCCGCUUCUCGUCUUUAUAUGGGCCAAAAUUUUAGCUGUUGACGGGCAGAGCUGUCAAGAAGAGCUUAUUCGUGACAAUGGUCACAAAUAUUUCCUAAAUGUACUCUGUGACACCAACCUUCCUGCUCACUACCGAACGAUGUCUGCUUUUGUAUUGGCGUGUAUUGUUCGUAGUUAUCAUCCUGGCCAGGAAGCUGCAUUUCAAGGAAGUUUAAUUGCUAUCUGUCUUGAACAACUCACUGACCCAAAUCCGCAACUGCGUCAGUGGUUAACAAUAUGUCUUGGUCUUACCUGGAAUAAUUAUGAUGCAGCUCGUUGGUGUGGUGUCCGUGAUUCAGCUCAUGAGAAACUUUUCCCUCUUUUGAAUGAUGAUAUACCUGAGGUUCGUGCCGCUACCGUAUUUGCUCUUGGAACAUUUAUUACAGGUGCUGGAGAAAGGACGGAUCACGCUAAUACAAUAGACCAUAGCAUUGGUAUAACUCUUAUCAAUACUGUAUCCAAUGAUGGAAGUCCAUUAGUAAGGAAAGAGUUGGUUGUCGCCCUUCAAUGCCUAAUCUUGUUAUUUGAGAAUCAAUUUGUUGCUGUGGCCUAUCAGAUGUUGGAAGAAGACAGAUCAAAAGAACUUCUUCAACCCAAUAAUGCUCCAAAUUUAGGAGAUGGUUUGCUCAAUGCCGCUACAACGCCUCCUUCUAAUAUCCUCGGUCUCCGUAAGGUUGCCUCUAGAGAGAGACUGAUGAAAUUAUUUUCCCCGUAUACCUCUUUCAACCCUACACUCCCAAAUGUUGUGACAGGCGAUUCACUGACACCACCAGCCUACAAUAAUAAUAACAAUAAUAUAACAGCUAUUAAAAGGAUAAGCUCAACGAACUCAUUGACAGCCUUUGGUACAGGUACACUUGGAACUAGUGGCAUUGCAAAUGUUUACUCAACUAUUUGGAAAGCAAUAAUUGGACUUGGUAAUGAUCCUCAUCCUGAUGUUGCCUCAAUGGCACAGGUUAUCAUUGAUGAAAUCAAAUCAAAAGUGCAACCACCAAGUGCUCUGUCUAAUGAUUCUUACAAAGAAUCACGAUCAGACCCAUCAUCAUCUGAACCUUCAUCUCCAGCGAAUCAUCCAACAUUUGUUAUGAGCGAAUCACCGCCUCAACCAAACUCAACUCAACAAGGUUUAUCAUCGCGAACAAAUUCACGGGAACGGCAGGGUAGUGAAAGCUCUCAAUGUGCCAUUGGGACUGUCACAAGUGGAACUGGUGAUGGAGGGGGAGGAGGAGGGGGAGCACAUGGUCCCAUCGCAUCCACUUCAUCUAGUGUAGGAUUAUCAUCAACAACAACGACCACUCCAAGUGCACCAAGUACUAAUAAUUUUGUUCAUGGUCGUCAUUCCAUUGGAGGCACUGGUUAUCCCUCCCAUGCUCAAUUUACUUCCUUCUUAACUCCCUACUCUAGAAAGAGAAAAAUAUUUGGUCGUGAACCAAACAUCAGAAUUUCUGAAGACAACUCAAUGACCACAGAUGAUCAAAAUAAUGCCAGUGCCAUAACUUAUCGAUCACCUUUGGUUAAAACUGAUUUCAUUGGUUGGUGUAUUAAAUAUUUUAAUGAUCAUUGUGUUAAAUAUUUGGAAAAUAGUGAUCCCGAAAGUGCCAGUAAUGCAGAAAAAGAAUGGCGUUUAAUGCGCAAUUUUUACGUUAGACGUGCAGCAGUUGACGAGCUUUCAACUACUGAUCCAACAAGAACAGUUGAGCAAAUAUUUUUACAAAAAAAUUCAUCAGUUCCAUCAUUAAUCCAAUUUCAUCCUUAUGAACCUCAUUUAAUUAUUGCUGAACGUGAAUCAUUUAGUGUUUGGACGUGGGAUUCAAAUAGUAACAACAAUUUCGGCUACAGCAGUGGCCAUUCAACUCCUGGCUUAUUGGGAACUUUUUCUAAUGCCAAUUCAUAUACAAGUCGAAUAACAUCAUCCCAAUUAGUCAACUCUCAUGAUAUAACUAUACUUUUGCUUGCAUGUGAUGACGGUAAUGUUAAAGCAUGGAAAAUUCACAGUCUUCAACAAGACAAUUCACCUCCUCAAUUGGUUACUGCCUUUCAAAUUUUGAACGAACUUACCCGACCUCCAGGAUCAAAAGGAGGGUCUGGUACCAAAAUUUAUUGGAACCAAAAAUCAUGUCAUUUAAUCGGAGCUGGUGAUUCAAAAACAAUACGAAUCUGGGAUUCAGAAAGAGAAGCAAUGCUUCGCGAUUUACCCACUGGAGCUGAUUGUAGUGUUACAAGUUUAAGUUCUGACGGAGCCAUUAUUUGUGCUGGCUGUCAAGACGGAACUAUCCGUCUGUUUGAUGAACGAUGUUCCCCUAAUGAUACUAGGAUACUCACUUUUCGUGAUCACUCUAAAUGGAUUGUCAGUGCCCAUCUUUACCCUGACAAUCAAAAGCAUGUUAAUGUACUCUCUGCUAGUACCGAAGGGAUUGUUAAAUUUUGGGACAAAAGGAUUCCUACUGCCAUUAAAACUAUUAACGUAGCACAAGGUCUUACCUCCAUGGCUGUGCAUCCAGAAGCCGACGUUUUUGCUUGUGGCACAUCAUCUCAAUCAAUUCAUAUUUACACUCUCGAUGCCAUUCCUGGCAGUGUUAUCAGAUACCAUGACGGGUUUAUGAGUCAAAGAAUAAGCCCAAUUAGCUGUUUAGCUUAUCAUCCCCUGAGAGUCAAUCUGGCAGCAGGCUGUAAAGAUUCAUACAUUUCUGUUUAUUCAUCACCAAAAGUUUAUUAACUCUAAUUAAACUUAGCCAUAGUGAUUAAAAAACAAGAUAAUGAUUGUAAAAAAAAUCAAUUUUUUCAAUGAUCUUGUGUAAAAAAACGUUAGAAGCUGAACAAAAACUAAAAGAAACAACGAAUUAAAAAUGAUAAUCAAUGCAAUUCAUGGGCAUAAAAGUUAAAGGGAUACAUUUUUGUCUAUCUUCAAUAAAAUAAAUCCGCCAGCCCCUUAAGCCCUGAUUUAUUCUUAUAUGAAACAAUUCGAUUUUUCAUCAUUUCAUCCAUCAAAGCGUGCUAUUAUAAUUUUUCGUAUCAGGAUUGUUCAGGAUUCACUUAGUUUAUUGGCAAAAUCAUAUGACAGAUAUCAUAUCUAUUAAUUACUCGAGAUUAUCCAAGUUAAUCUAAGGUAUUACCUUAAUAAAAAUUAUGUUAAUAAUGAUUUACCUCAUUGGAGAUAAACAAGCGCGUCAAAUGCAUUAUAAAACACAACCCAUAAUAUAUGUUAUAUUAUAUCUUGACCAAAAUAAAACCUUUUCUAUCCUCAA